AUGACAGGAAUGAUGGAGAAAGUCAAGGCCAAGGUCGAUAAUGUCAUGCACAAGGACAAGACUCAUGACGACCCCACCGGCCCUCACAGCUCACAUACCGCCAACACUGCUGACCCUACCGUGCACAACACCUCCACAACUCACACUGGCUCUACUGGCCUUACUGGCAACAGCCAUAGCACUCAUGGCACCACAGGCUACAGUGACCCCACUGGCCCCCACGACUCUCACAUGGCCAACAAGGCUGACCCAAGGGUCGACUCUGACCGUGUCGGUACCGCCGGCAACCUGGGAUCCAACACCCACGCCACUCACGGAACCACUGGUACCCACGGAGUCACUGGCACCCAUGGUGUCACUGGCACUCACGGAGUCACUGGCACCCACGGCUCAACCGGAUACAGCGACCCUACUGGUCCUCACGACUCCCGCAUGGCCAACAAGACCGACCCUAGGGUCGACUCCGACCGUGUCGGUACUGCUGGCAACAUGGGAACUGGUAGCCACACAACCGGCAGCCAUGGACUUACUGGCACCCACGGAACCACUGGCACCCACGGAACCACUGGCACUCACGGAACCACUGGCACUCACGGAGUGACUGGAACCCACGGUUCAUCCGGAUACAGCGACCCUACUGGUCCUCACGACUCCCACAUGGCCAACAAGCUUGACCCCAGGGUCGACUCUGACCGUGUUGGCCCCGCUGGCAACAAGGGAAGUGCCGCCUAUGGAACCAGCACCGGCACUGGCAACUUGGCUCACCGUGACAACGAGACUGGUGACCUGCCCAAGGCCCUUGUAGAGCCCUACUCCCAGGCUGAGCCUCACUCCUCCCUCCAGAAUGGCCACCACACCACCGGUACCCACGGUACCACUGGCCUCCACGGCACCAACGGAACUCACGGUAGCAAUGGUCUUCACAGCACCACCGGUACUACUGGUACCCACGGCACCCACGGUACCCACGGUACCACUGACGUCCACGGCAAGCCAUCCAUGAUGGACAAGCUGAACCCCAAGAAAGACGCUGACUUCGAUGGAAAGGCGGGAAUAAUGGACUAA